AAGAUGAAAGCGCUACUGCUGUUGACUCUUCUUGUGGCUGUCAGUGACUUUGCCAGGGCCUCUGUGUUCCGCUGUCCUGGAGGAUGCUCCUACAAGUGCCCCGUGAUCGACUUCAGCACCUGUCCUUAUGGAAAGGCACACGACGCGUGUAGUUGCUGCUUCGCGUGUGCCAAGGGACCUGGAGAAAUUUGCAAUCCUAGAUCAUAUGAAUGCGCAUCAAAUAUGUAUUGUGCACAUGCGUUUUGGAAUGUGUAUCGGUGUAAGGCGAAGUAACAAGACUGAUACAGUUGUUUACUUAAAGGCCAGC